AUGUUGGGUCAGAGGCUCCUGCAGACUUCAGUGCUGCUGUGGCUGGCACAGUGCACCUUACAAGGAGGCGUCAGGCCUCAGACUGGAAGCCUGGGGAGAUUGGUACCGAGUCGAGGUGCUGCUCUUGGUGCUGCUGGUCUUGGUGGAAAGCCUGGAGGCACUGGUAUUCUCGGAGGCCGUGGCUAUGGAGGGAAACCUGGAAAGGCAGGCACUGGUCGCUACCUUGGAGCGGGAGGAUACAGGCCCUUAUCAGGCAGAGGAGGUGCAAAACAAGGCUACGGAGGAGCCCUAGGAGGUUUCGGUGCUAGUCUUGGAACAGGACUUGGACUUGGACUUGGAAACGGCCUGGGAGUGGCCCUGGGGUCUCAGGCAGGAAAGCUAGGAGGGCGAGGAUACACUAAUGGCUAUGGAGUCCAGCCAGGUUACGGUGCCGGUGGAUACCCUAGUGCUGGACGUGGUAAUGGGCAUGGAGGAGGACUUCCAAUUGCGCAGGGAGAAAAAGGCAAUGGAUAUGCUUCAACUCCAGGAGUACCAAAUGGACAAGGUGUUCCAAGCAAUGGUUACGUCCCAGCACCAGUGGUACCCAAUGGACAGGGAGGGUAUGGCUCUGGAGCAGGGAUUGUUAAUGGAAAUGGAAAGGGAGCUAAAGCUAACGGCUACAGCCCAGUGGCAGGAGUGUCUAAUGGAGCUGGAGUUAUAAGCAACGGUUAUGGACCAGGGCCUAUAGGAGUCAAUGGACAAGGAGGUAAAGGAGGAGCCGUGCUCCGCAGAAAGGCUGACAAACUAUCCAAGACCGGGUACGGCCUUGGCACAGGCAGCUAUCCAGGAGCCGGUAUAGCUAACGGCUAUGAAGCGGCUCUUGGCUGGGGUGGAUUACCUGUUGGUAGAGUGGGCAAACAGACUGGUGGUACCGGUGGAGUCCUGGAACCUGUGACUGGUGGAGGAGUGGGUCAGAUUCCAUACAAUGGAGCACCAGUGAUUCCUGCAGGACUGGAAGCUGAAAAUGGCUAUGGCUAUGGUCCACAACAGCUCAAUCUAGGAACUGAUGGAGGCAAGUUAGCAUAUGAAGAUGGAGGAGCAUAUGGAGCACAGCCAGCAGGUUAUGGGGCAGCUCUUGGGGCUGGAGGUCAGGCUCCCUAUGGAGGGGCGAAGGAUGGCAGCAAGUACGGCCUGGGCGGUUUUUACGGAAACAGAAUUAAAGGCUGAUGUCUGAUGUGACUUGGCGUGAAUUGGGCUUCACCCCUCCCUCUGUACCCCCCACGUCCUUCAUCAGUGUGCAGUUUGUGUCUUUGUCAUCGGCCUGUUGUUGUCCUUGUCUUGGGUCUUUGUUUGGUCAUGUGUGUGUAGUGUAGUGAUGAUGGUCAUGUUCUUGAUUUGUGUCCCCUGCCCCCCCUGCA